AUGGCCUAUACUGGCCUGAUCAAAUGCGCAAUAUUGGUUUUAGCUCUUGUUGCUAGAGCCAAUGCUAUUCAUAUUUAUCUUGAUUGGGAUGUGACCCUUGACAGCACCAUCAAGCCUGUGUCUAUGGAUCAACCUGUCAUCACCAUAAAUGGGAAGUUUCCAGGGCCUCUUAUCAAUGCCACAACCAAUGACUUUGUUCAUGUCAAUGUCUUUAACAACAUGGAUGAGCCUCUACUAUUUACAUGGAAUGGUAUACAGCAAAGGCUAAACUCAUGGCAAGAUGGAGUUUCAGGAACAAAUUGUCCGAUUCUACCUGGUACAAACUGGACUUAUGUGUUCCAAACCAAGGACCAGAUUGGCAGCUUCUUCUACUUUCCAUCCAUCAACUUCCAUAAGGCUGCUGGAGGGUUUGGAGCUAUUCGUGUUAUUAACCGCAAAGUCAUUGCCGUCCCCUUCCCUGCACCAGAGGCAGAAUUUGAUCUCCUCAUUGGUGAUUGGUCUUAUGACAGCUACAAGACAAUUAGGUCACAGAUGGAUACUAGCGAGACGGCUUAUUACACCUUUCCAGAUAUUAUGCUGAUGAAUGGCAAAGGCCCUCUAGAUAAUCAAAUGUCAAAAGACCAUGAGUCCUUCGAUGUCACACAAGGGAAGACAUACAGGCUGAGAAUAUCAAAUGUGGGGAAUGCUGUGAGUUUCAAUUUCAGGAUUCAGAACCAUCAAAUGGUGUUGGUUGAAACAGAAGGGUCAUAUACUAAUCAGAUUUCUUUGGAUUCUCUGGAUGUACAUGUUGGUCAAUCCUACUCAGUUCUUGUCACAGCAAAUCAAGAUGAGGCUGACUAUUACAUGGUGGCAUCUCCCAAGCUGCUCAACACCUCUGAUUUUAGCAGCCUGGUGGGCGUAGGGGUGUUGCACUAUUCAAAUUCUGUCUCAACAGUAGGCGGACCGCUGCCAGAAGGGCCUGACCCAUUCGAUGUCGAUUUUUCGAUGAAUCAGGCCCGGUCUAUUAGGUGGAACUUAACUGCUGGAGCUGCAAGGCCUAAUCCACAAGGUAGCUUCAACGUCUCAAAUGUGACCCUAUCCCAAACCUUCGUCCUAGAAAGUACAGUGGCUCAAAUUCAUAAUCUACCACGUUAUGUUGUCAACAAUGUGUCAUAUGACACUGUAACGACCCCGCUGAAACUCGCUGAUUACUUUGUCAAUGGUUCCGGUGUGUAUCAACUUGAUUCUUUUCCAGUGAAAUCAGUCAACCCCGAUGCUGGUUAUGGAGUAUUUGUAGUGACUGGAAUCCACAAAGGGUGGAUAGAAAUAGUGUUUAAAAACAACCUGGCUGCCAUGGAUUCUUGGCAUUUGGAUGGUUACGGAUUUUUUGUUGUUGGGUUCGGCAUUGGAGAUUGGACUACAGAAUCACGGAGCACAUACAACCUCUACGAUCCUGUUGUAAGAUCAACCGUGCAAGUGUACCCGGGAGCAUGGACUGCAGUGUAUGCAUUCCUAGACAACCCUGGAAUGUGGAACUUGAGGUCACAACUACUGAAGCACUGGUACUUGGGACAAGAACUCUACGUACGAGUUUUUGAUGCUGACCCUGACCCUGCUAAGGAGCGCCCGCCACCUGAUAACCUCCUUCUAUGUGGGAUUUUUUCUGAUUCUCCUCCAGCCCCAGCUCCAGGUCCAUGGACAGGAGAGUGGUGA